AUGGCAAACUCUUCCAUCGACCUCCUAAUUUCAAUUCCAGGUAGCCCUCCUCUCUGUAUUAUUGCUCCCGAAACUCUUAAAGAUCUUAACCAGUUAAUAUCCGAACAUAUCAGAAUCAAUGCUGAUUCAUUUUACUUCAUGUAUGACCGUAAAGGAACUUUAUAUCGCAUAAUUGACGAUAGGACUUAUGCUUCUUUAAUCCAAAAAGGCAUUGCAGCUCACCAAGAGGAAAUCAAUCUCUUAGUUGAAAUCGUCAAUCAAGCUGAAAUGAUGGCUCUUGAAGAAAUCCCAGAACCUCCUAAAGCUCAAGAAAUUGCCACUCAAGAAGAAGCUAAGAUUAUAGAAGAAAUAAAUGAAAAUCAACUGAUUUUGCUAUAUAAAGUCUUAAACUCUGUAAAUUCGCAAUCUCGACAAAUCAUCAUUGAGAAAGAUGAAAAAUUAUCUGACUUCUCGCUAUUAAGAACGAGCAAGUUGUUUUUUGCUUGCCAUUAAGGAUUUUAGAGGGCUAAUUUUUGUUUAAAAGUUUUUAUAUUAAAUUAAAAUAUUUUAUUUUGGUUUUAAAAAUCCCAAAUAUUGAAAUAGAAAAUUAAGUUUAAUUUAUAGGAUUUGCAUUGUAGAAUGCAAGCUGUCUAAUUUAAUAAUUUUAGCUCGAGUUAUCAUUAUAAUUCUAUAUAAAAAAUAUUUAUGAAGCUAUAAAGGGGUUUAUUUUUAUAUAAAAAUCAGCAUUUUUCAGAGCAGUUUUGCCUGCAUAUAAAUGAGGGAGUAAGCUCGCUUAUGAUAUAUUAAAAGAUCAGCUGUGUAUGCGUCCUGAUUGGACUUGCGCGAUUUAUACAGAGGAUGGAUAUCCUGUAGUAGGAACAUUAUCACAAUUAUAUUUGGUUUCUUGCCGUGAAGUGUUAAAAAAUAAAGAAAAAAUCUGUGUAUUUAUAGUCCCUUAUUUUGAUAUUAAAAUUGAGCCAGCUUUAAAUCAUGAAAUUGGAGAUUCUACAAUUUUUGUCAAGCAUGUGACUGACGAAAAUAAACGAUAUGCAAUUAAAUUAGAUUUAUCUACAUGUACAGUUCUAAAUCUAAAGCAAAAGUUAUUUAAUAUUACAGGGGUACCUCCAUUCGAGCUGAAAAUUAAAACUGAUGAGAGGUAUUUAGUGAGCGAUUCUGCUUUUGUUGCCUCUUUUGGGGUUAUUGAAAAUCUUAACUUAACUAGGAGAAAUCUAGACGGAAGAGUUCUCGUUAACUUUCACUAUGGGUGGCAGCAGCAAAGCGUCCACCAUUUUUUGCACUUUUGAGCACACAGGCUGCUUGGUAGACUUGCUUAUUUUGGCCAUGCCACGCUUGGAAACGGUGUUGCCAAUUUUGAAGGUUUAAGAUAUGCAACUUCUGUCUUCUGUCUUGACACCGUGCAGCAACUAAAGUUUCUCCGCUGCCGCAGGAUGGAAGUGAAUAAAACCUCAGCCCUUUCAAUUCCUUAGGGAUGGCCAGGGGUAGGCACUCCUCAAAGUGGCUUACCAGUCUUUGUAGAUAGAAUUCUCAUAUUAAGUCAAACCUUAUAAUCGUAAAAUAAAAAGUGAGUGCCAUCGAUCUACAGAUCAUCUUUUUUAAUAUCGCCAUUUUAUGAUUAUGGGUUGUUGAAAAUCAAGUUCUCACUUAUCAAAUAGAGAGCUAUGACUACAAAACUACAACCUAUAAGCCAAUUCUUGUUCAAUCACUCCAGCAAACAACUAAAGGACAAAGGACUUUGCAUUCGUUUUUAUACUGCUUAUCCAAAAAUAAGCCAGAAAAGGCUAAGCUAGACGCAUUGUUAGCAUGCAUAAGAUGCUUUACUAAUAAUUGCUCCCCAUUAUUGCAUUCUUUAUAUGAGCUAAGCCGCAAUAGUUCUAUGAGUGUUCUUGAUUCUAUAGCAUUAGAAGAAGGCUUCAUAGUUUUAAUCAAGAUUGUUCUACAAGAAAUGUUUAAAAAUGUGAUCCCAGAUAAUAAGCUUUUAGAGCAGACUCUAGAUAUCAUGGGAAUUUUAUGUGAUAUUUCUAGCAAAAAUGAGCCCGAGCUACAGAGCUUGGAAAGUCAUGAAGUAUACAGCAUUAUUUGUCCGAUUUCCUUUGUCCAAAUAGAAAGGCCAGUCUGUUUGAGAAAAAAUGAUGGGAAAUACUGCUAUUUAGAAUAUAAUGCAGUAAUUCAAAAAGCAAGGGAUAGGCAAGAAAUCGCUGAAAUUGGGCUUGUAAACGAAAGUGAUAUUAAAGAAGAGUCAGAUUUUAAGUAUAUAAUUAAAAGAGCAGCGUUGAACAAAAAAGAGUCUCUCGAAGUAUGAACUGGGCACUAUAACGGGUCAAUAAGCAUAAUGGACUAUGUAAGAAAAACUUUUCCAAGAGGAAUUAGCUAUAUCCAAUCAAUGGAACUAAAAAAUAACCACAAGUUGACUAAAAUUGUAGCUCCGUUAUCACUCAAGGCUCCAGAAUUCAAGCACUGCAUUACCUGAAACAAAAUAAAGGACAUCUGCAUUAACUGUGGACUGACCCCUAAGAUGCCUAAUAAAGUCGAUUUAAUGAAUAUUCUUGAUCUCAGCGUUGAAAUUGUUGAUGUCGCUGAACUUGCCAGCGCAAUUGAAAUCCACCGUAGAGAAGACGAAGGAAACGAAAUCAUAACGCGAAUUCCAGACGAGGCUAUAGUUGUUUUAUUUGACACAAGUGGGUCUAUGAAUACUAAAUUCAGCUCAACUGAAGACUAUACAAGGCUCGAUCUUACUAGCUCCUUUAAGAGUUAGCAAGAUUCAAAAAAAUAAUUUAAAAAUCUAUAUAAUUUUUUUUUUAAUUUAAAAACAUUCUAAUUAAUUUAAGAAUGUAGGCUAUCUAAAAUUUAAUCGAAUUAUUUUAAUAGCAGCUAUUGAUUAUUAUAAAAUUUUGUUUGCUCACUCUCAAAAAAUGCUAAUUUUCCCAAAAUAGGCAUUUUUCCCAAUGGUUUACCUUCAUUAAAGAGAAGAUUAAGCAGAUCUUUGAGUCCUUCGCAGAUCGUACAAUUGGCUACAAUCUCAAAAAUAUAACCUCUCUUGUACUUUUUAACUCAAAAGUUACCAAAAUCUGUACCUUUACAGAAAACGUUCUCACAUUUACGAGGACUGCAAAAAGUAUCCAGGCUGAUGGUCAAACUAAACUGUGAGACGCAAUUUUUGAAGCUGCAAAGGAACUAAAAGAAAUAAAAAAGAAAUAUCCAGAUGUGAUUUUGAGGAUUUUAUGUCUCAGUGAUGGAGAGGAUAACUAUUCUACUAAGUCUGACUUGGAAGCAGCUCAAACUUUAUUGUAUAAUAAUAUUACCAUGGAUGCAGUUGUAGUAGGAGCACUAUCACAAAACCUGAAAGCUGUUUGUUUUUCUACUGGUGGCUAUGUAUUUUUACCAUCAAAUAUACAGGAAGGAAUCAAAUUGUUUGAGUCAGAAACUUUUCUGUCUGUAGGAUGUCGCCAGUCAAACCCUAGAGUUACUGUGUCAGAUGAGACUGAUUUAGCACAGCUCCAAAGCAAAGAUUUCUCUACGAAUCAGCCAAAAAUCAAACCUCCUCAGCAGUCUUCUUUACAAGCUGAGAACCCGCGUCAAACUAUUCACCGAGCUUCUGUGGCCCCUCCUCGACUUGACGCCAGCAACUCUGCAGUAAAAUAUAAGCGUAUAAUGAAAGAACUGCACUCAAUCACAAUGAAUCCUCAUCCAAGCGCAAGUAUAUACCCAUGCGAGUUAGAUACCGCAUUUUGAAAUAUAUUUAUGAAAGGCCCAGACCACACUCCAUAUGAAUUAAAAUUAAAUUUAAUUACUUAAUCCAUUAUUUCAGAGGUCAGCCUUAGAAAAUUGCUCCUAAAUAAUUUCAGCAAACAAUCAAAUAAAGAAGGAACGAUCAUUAUUCUUAUUAUAAGCCAUUUUUUAAAGAUUUGUCCAUAUGAAGGCGGCUUAUUUCAUCUGUAUAUGAAGUUCGGUGAAGACUAUCCUUUGUCCCCUCCUGAGGUGAGAUUCAUAACUCCUGUUUACCAUUGCAAUAUAAACGCCACUGGAAGAAUAUGCCAUUCAGUCUUAGAUCAAUUUUAUACAGUAGAUACAACUGCCAGGUAUAUUUUAGACUGUAUUUAUGGGCUAUUUAUGACACCUGAACCUUUAGACCCACUAGAUGCAAAUAUUGCAGCGGAGUAUAGAGAUAAUUAUGCAAUGUAUGAAAUUAAGGCAAGAGAACAUACAAGAAGACAUGCAGGAAAAAGUAUUGAAGAAUUAACAAGGGGGCUGCUGAGUAAUGAUAAUGAGCAAGGAGCUCCAAAGCAUUUAUUAGACCCUAUAACUGGGGUGAUUAUGGACAAUCCUGUUAUAGUGCGGAAGACAAACACAUGCUAUGAUAAAGAAACAAUAACUAAAGCUAUUCAAUUCACUGGGAAAGAUCCAAUAACUGGAAUCAGCAUAACGAUGGAUGACUUGAUCCCUAAUGUGGCUUUGAAAACUGAAAUUGAGAAGUAUUUUGCUGCAUUGCAGAAACCUUGGUUUUUGUAA